GGUCAAUCUGACACGCGUGCGCUUUCGCCGAGGAUCAUCGUAGCCUACUAGAAAUUCUGUCGUCGCACUUCUUGCUGUCUCAUUAUUGCUCUCUUCGCUGCUUCAACCCCUCUCUUGGUGAUGUUCAGUAGAGUUGCGGGAGCGCGAGUACCAGCCUCGAUACUUCGCAGACCUAUCACUCAGAGUCAGACGUCGAGGAUUGUCGCAAUGGCACCCGCUAGGAAGCAGUCUUCGCUGCCAGAGGGCUACAAGGAGGACCACAGCAAAGGCGCAAUGCUGCGAUUCGAGGACUCCCUCCCCCGGCUGCCUGUGCCCUCCCUCGAGGAGACAGCCAAGCGGUACCUGAAGUCGGUCCACCCGCUGCUCUCUAAGAACGAGUUCGAGGCGACGACCAAAGCUGUCAACGAGUUCGUUGCUCCCGGCGGCCCGGGCGAGACACUGCAGAAGCGCUUGGAGGAGCGAAGAGCGCGGCCAGAGAUCAAGAACUGGCUCGCCGAGUGGUGGAACGAUGCCGCCUACAUGGGCUACCGCGACCCUGUCGUGCCCUACGUCAGCUACUUCUACUCGCACCGCGACGACAGGAAGCGGAGAAACCCCGCCAAGCGCGCCGCUGCUAUCUCAACCGCAGUGCUGGAGUUCAAGAAGCUGGUCGACAAUGGCGAGCUGGAGCCCGAGUACAUGAAGAAGCUGCCCAUGGCUAUGAGCUCCUACGAGUGGAUGUUCAACUGCAGCCGUGUGCCCAAGAAGCCCGCCGACACCAGCGUCAAGUUCCCCUUCAAGGAGAACCAGCACAUCAUCGCCAUCCGCAAGAACCAAUUUUGGAAGAUCCCCCACGAGGUCAAUGGCAAGCAGCUCAAUACCAGCGAGCUCGAGCUGCAGUUCAAGCGCAUCUACGAGAAUGCCGUGAAGACAGACGCAGUCGGCACACUCACCUCGCAGAACCGCAAUGUCUGGGCAGAGGUAUACCCCAAGCUUAAGGCCGCAUCUGCUGUCAACGCCGCGACCAUGGAGGCUAUCGAGUCUUCCUCCUUCGUCGUGUGUCUCGACGAUGCCACUCCCGUCACCCUCGAAGAGCGCGCACACCAAUACUGGCACGGCGAUGGCGCGAACAGGUGGUUCGACAAGCCUCUCCAGUUCAUCGUCAACGAUAACGGCACAUCCGGCUUCAUGGGCGAGCACUCCAUCAUGGACGGCACACCCACACACCGCCUGAACGACCACGCUAACAAGCUCAUCUUCACCAACGCCCUCCCCUUCGACAACCCCACCAUCCGCUCCGACCUCCCCAACCCCAAGCCUCUCCGCUUUGAACUCAACGCCGAGCUCAAGAGUGACAUCGCCGCCGCCACCGCCCACUUCGCCCAGCAAAUUGGCGCACACGAGCUGCGCGUCCAAGCCUACCAGGGCUAUGGCAAGGGCCUGAUCAAGAAAUUCAAGUGCUCGCCGGACGCCUACGUGCAGAUGAUCAUCCAACUCGCAUACCACAAGUUCUACGGCAAGAACCGGCCCACAUACGAGUCCGCGGCGACUCGUCGCUUCCAGGAAGGCCGCACAGAGACGUGCAGGACGGUGUCUGACGAGAGCGUUGCGUUCUGUGAGGCCAUGGCCGAUGCUAACGCCAGUCCUGAGGAGUGCCAGAAGAAGUUUCGCGCUGCGCUGGAUGCGCAUGUGAAGUACAUCAGCGACGCGUCGGAUGGGCGUGGCGUUGACAGGCAUUUGUUUGGUUUGAAGAAGUGCCUCAAGGAGGGCGAGGAGGUACCGGCGCUGUACCAGGACCCGGCGUACAGCUACUCCAGCACAUGGUUCAUCUCCUCCUCCCAACUCUCCUCAGAAUACUUCAACGGCUACGGGUGGAGCCAGGUUGUCGAUGAUGGAUGGGGUCUCGCGUACAUGAUCAACGAGAACAGCAUCCAGUUCAAUGUCUGCUCCAAGGGGUUGGGCUCCGACAAGAUGAGUUUCUACCUCAACGAAGCCGCGGGCGACAUCAGAGACAUCAUGCUGCCCACGCUCGAGGCGCCGAAGGCGAAAUUGUAGAUGUUACCAUCAGGAUGUCACAGGAUCUUUGAAACAAAUACAUAGAGAGGUUUGGGCACGAUAGUCCAUACAUUUAGGAUUGGAUAGAAGACACGAUGAAGCUCCCUUACACUACCUUUCCCGAUGUGCCUCGCGAGCAAUAAAGUAGCCAUACCAUAUAUGUAACGGUUUCGAUACUCUACAAGUCAGGCCAACAGCAUCAACUCACCGUUCUAUGCUCACUGUAGUUAGAUGCUCGCCUAUCACUCGCUUAUAUAGCCAUCUUGGAGGUCUUCUGCCUUCUUCAAUCAACACAGGAC